UGCCCUGACCCGGGCACCUGGGACGCCUGCCUUCCACCUCCCGGGCAGUAGGUCCUCGGGGCUGGAGGACGGAAUGGAAAAGCCGAAGCCCUUCAAGUUGUUCGUGCCGCCGCGGCUGAGCAGCAGCCAGGUGUCGGCAGUGAAGCCCCAGACCCUGGAAGGGGACGCCAAUUUCUUCAAGAGUUUCAACAAGUGUAUUGAAGAUGAUUUUGGUUUUCCUUUUGCAACAAAUAAUCUCUCCAAAAAUGGGGAAAACAUUGAUUCAGAUCCUGCUUUACAAAAAGUUAACUUUUUGCCCAUGCUUGAGCAGGUUGAUAAUUCUGGCAGUUUCCACUAUCAGGAAGGACUAAAAGGCUCUGAUUUUGAGAAUUCGGAGCCAAUGAGCAGACUAUAUUCAAAACUGUAUAAGGAAGCUGAAAAGAUCAAAAAGUGGAAAGUGAGUGUAGAAUCUGAACUGAAACAGAAAGAAAAUAAAUUGCAAGAAAAUAGAAAGAUAAUUGAAGCACAGCGAAAAGCCAUUCAGGAACUGCAGUUUGAGAAUGAAAAAGUAAGUUUGAAAUUAGAAGAAGAAAUUCAAGAAAAUAAGGAUUUAAUAAAAGAGAAUAAUGCUACGAGGCAUUUAUGUAAUCUACUUAAAGAAACCUGUGCUAGAUCUGCAGAGAAGACAAAGAAAUAUGAAUAUGAGCGGGAAGAAACCAGGCAAGUUUAUAUGGAUCUAAAUAAUAACAUUGAGAAAAUGAUAAUAGCUUUUGAGGAACUUCGUGUUCAAGCUGAGAAUUCCAGACUGGAAAUGCAUUUUAAGUUAAAGGAAGAUUAUGAAAAAAUCCAGCACCUUGAAGAUGAAUAUAAGAAAGAAGUAAAUGACAAGGAAAAUCAGUUAUCACUACUACUGAUCCAAAGUGCUGAGAAAGAAGAUAAAAUGAAAGAUUUGACAUUUCUGCUAGAGGAAUCCAGAGAAAAAAUUAAUCAAUUAGAGGAAAAGACAAAAUUACAGAAUGAAAGCUUAAAAGAAUCAAAUGAGAAGAAGGACCUUUUGACAUCAGAACUAGAAGAUAUUAAAAUGUCUUUGCAAAUAAGUGUGAGUACUCAGAAAGCUUCAGAGGAAGAUUUACAGAUAGCAACAAAAAAAAUAUGUCAGCUCACUGAAGAAAAAGAAGCUCAAAUGGAAGAAUUUAAUAAAGCCAAAGCUGCCCAUUUAGUUGUGAUUACUGAUCUUAAAACAACUAUCUGCAACUUGGAGGAAUUAUUGAUAACAGAACAGCAAAGAUUGGGAAAAAAUGAAGAUCACCUGAAAGAACUUACCAUGGAGCUUCAGAAGAAAUCAAAUGAACUGGAAGAGAUGACUCAGUUUAAAAAUAACAAAGAAGUAGAACUUGAAGAAUUGAAAAAAAUAUUGGCAGAAAACCAAAAACUUUUAGAUGAAAAAAAACAAGUCGAGAAGAUUGCUGAAGAAUUGAAAGUAAAAGAGCAAGAACUAACUGGUCUUUUACAGACCAGAGAGAAAGAAGUACAUGAUUUAAAAAUACAGUUAACUGCCAUUGCAACAAGUGAACAGCAUUGUUUAAAACAGGUUAAAGAUCUGAAAACUGAGCUUGAGAAAGAGAAGAGUGAACUGGAGUCUGUGAAAGAAGAGCUAAAACAGAAAGGAGAUGAAGUUAAAUUUAAAUUGCACAAGAGCGAAGAAAAUGCUCGAAGCAUCGAAUGUGAAAUUUUAAAAAAAGAUAAACAAAUGAAGAUAUUAGAAAACAAGUGUAAUAAUUUAAGGAAACAAGUUGAAAAUAAAGGCAAGCACAUUGAAGAGCUUCAGCAGGAGAAUAAGGCCUUGAAAAAAAAGGGUACAGCAGAAAGCAAAGAACUGAAUGCUUAUGAAAUAAAGGUCAGUAAAUUAGAGUUAGAACUAGAAAAUGCCAAACAGAAAUUUGAAGAAAUGUCUGACAACUAUCAAAAAGAAAUUGAGGACAAAAAGAUAUCAGAAGACAAUCUUUUGGGAGAGGUUGAGAAGGCAAAAUUAAUAGCUGAUGAAGCAGUAAAAUUACAGAAAGAAAUUGAUAUACGAUGUCAACAUAAAAUAGCUGAAAUGGUAGCGCUUAUGGAAAAACAUAAGCACCAAUAUGAUAAGAUUGUUGAAGAAAGAGACUCAGAAUUAGGACUUUAUAAGAGCAGAGAACAAGAACAGUCAUCAGUGAAAGCAUCUUUGGAAAUCCUCAAAAGAGAAGCAAAGGAAAACAUAAUUACUCCCAAAGAAAGAAAAGACAAGAAAACACAGACAUCUUUAUUGGAAACACCUGAAACUAAUUAUCGGAAAUUUGACUCUAAAACAGCCUCUUCACAAAAUAUAUCUCGAAAUUUUUCAUCAGCCAAUCAUGGCAAAUUCAAAGAUAAAAGAGACACUCUGUGGACCUCUGCCAAAAGUACUUUAUCUGCCCCAUUACCAAAGGCAUAUACAGUGAAGACACCAACUAAGCUAAAAAUACAGCCUAGAGAAGAAAAGAAUACAUCUGUUGAGGAAAGUAAUAAAAAGAGAAGAAUGGUCUUUGAAUUUGAUAUUAAUUCAGAUAGUUCGGAAACUACUGAUCUUUUGAGCAUGGUUUCAGAGGAAGAGACAUCGAACAAACUAUACAAGAAUAAUAAUCCACCAGUUUCUCAUCUUUGUGUCAGAACACCAAAAAAGACUCCUUCAUCUCUGACAACCCCUGGAUCUGUGCUGAAGUUUGGACCUAUGAGAAAAAUGAGAGAGGACCACUGGGCUAUCAUUGCUAAAAUGGAUAGGAAAAAAAAACUGAAGGAAGCAGAAAAGCUAUUUGUUUAAUCUCAAAAAAUCUCAGUGUGAUUUUUAAUAGCCUCAAAUUUAUGGUUAAUUUAAAAAUUAUUUUCCCAAAAGCCAAAUUUUAUCUGGAAGUUGAGAUCUUAAAAAUAUUUGCAUAUGGGGCUGGGAUCAUGGCUCAGUGGUAGAGUGCUUGCUUCCCAUGAGUGAAGUACUAGGUUAGAUUUUCCAGCACCACAUAAAUAAAUGAAUAAA